CCUUGCGUAUAUCUUCUACAUCUCAACGACUUUCGACCUGCAAAUACCCAGUGACCGUCUCACCGCCUCCUCAUACAUCCACAAGAACCCUCCGCCAUGGACAUCCGCCAAGCAACUAUUGCCGACCUGCUCGGUAUGCAGAAUGCCAACCUGCUCAAUCUGCCAGAAAACUACACUUUCAAAUACUAUCUGUAUCAUGCCCUUACAUGGCCCGAACUGUCUUAUGUGGCUGUGGACCCCAAGGGGAGGAUCGUCGGCUAUAUCUUGGCCAAGAUGGAGGAAGAGCCCAGCGAGGAGCCUAGCGGACACGUCACAUCAAUCUCCGUCCUCAGGCCGUACCGAAGAUUAGGUCUCGCCAACAAGCUCAUGAAGCAGUCUCAGGAGGCGAUGGUAGCCCACUACAACGCCCACCACAUCACACUACACGUCCGAAAAUCCAACCGAGCCGCCAUCUCUCUGUAUCGUGACAGUCUUGGGUUUGAGGUGCAAGGGAUGGAGAAGGGGUACUAUGCCGAUGGCGAGGAUGCGUACGGCAUGAGAUGUCUGUUCAAGAAGGAGGAGGAUACCAGCGUUGCUGUGUAGAUGUGCAUAUAUGUAAUGAGGUGUCAAGCAGAUU